GGGGCUGCGAUGUGGGGCGGGCCUCGCGCAUGCGUGUGAAAAUAUUUCGGCGUCCCUGGCGUCGCCAAGGUAACCUUGACCCGCCUGGCAUGGCCUCUGAGACUGGCGGGAGCUGGGGUCGCUCCCCACCUCAGAGUGCAGCCCCGACGCCCUGGGUGACCGUCCUGCAGCCCCUCACGUGGGCCGUCCCACCUCCGCCCUCGCAGCAGCCGGGUCGCGUGAAGGAAGAUCUGCUGGAGCUGAUGAUGCUGCAGAACGCGCAGAUGCACCAGCUGCUGCUGAGCCGCUUGGUGGCCGGGGCGCUGAACCCCUGGCCUGUCCCGCCCAGCCCGCAGGUCUACCUGGAGGGUCGCCAGGAGGAGUCAGAGGAGUCGGAGGAAUCGGAGGAGGAGGAGGAGGAGACGAUGACGGAAGGGCCUUUGGUGUUUCACCACCACUACCUGCCCUGCCUGGUGCCCUCCCCAGGCCCCCUGCUGCCCUGGUCAGCCCCUUUCCUCCUGCCUCCCCCAUGUCAGCCCCACUUGCAGGAUGUGCCCAGGAUCCAGCACCAGCCUCCUGCCUCCAGGAAAAGGGAGGCGAGAGCUGUGCCCCCACCUCCACCCCCCAGUGCCACAGGGACUGUGGGUGCCGAUGUACCCCCAGCUUCAGAUUACUAUGAUGCCGAGAGCCUGCUGUGAGGACAGACGCCAGCCUGGCGACCCACACCAUCUUCAUCAUAGGGCUGGAAACAGCCCCGGAGCCCCAACCUGCCCCUCUAUUGUCGACCCCUCUGUGCCUUUGGCGGGCAGCCCCUCUCGCUCCCUCAACCCCAUCCAGGCCCUCUUCUGGGUGAAUCCUCUCCCCACCCCGCUGAGAUCCUGAACCGGCCUGAUCUCUGCUCUGGAGUUAGAGCUCCUAGAGCACCGUGAGGCCCUGGCAGCCACGCAGGCCUGACUCUGCCCUACUGUUUCCUGCCUAGACCAGACUCCCCUGCACCACUUCCUUCACCCCUCUCCCUGGGACGACAGGGUCUCCUUUGGCCUAGUAAUGGAGCAGAGCGGAGAGAAGAGGAGGGGACGGCGUCUGUUUUCCACAGCUCUGAAGUCCCUGUGAGGUGGACAGAGGGGCCCAGAGUGGUGGGGGGAGGCCUGAGUGGGCAGGGCCCUGGAGCCCAGCAGGUUCCCUGGGGGCCCCGCCCUCACCCCAGGAAGCUGGCUUUGUUGGCAGAGAGGUCAGAGCUGUGUCCUGCUCUGACCAGGAGUGGCCUAGGUCCUAGAGGGCCAGGAGGGAACAGAGUGUCCUCUGUCCCGCCGCCCAGGGUGUGUUUCCCCCACCCUCCCUUGGUAGGAAUUAGUCACUCAGGGCCGGAUGAGGGUGGGUGUCUGGUGCCUGGGCUGGAAGGAGCCUGAGGGAGACACUGGGGGAGAGAAGUCCACCCCGGUGGGUUCCCCUUCCUGCUGCGUGUUGCCCCAGGAGGAGACAUUGAGGGCACAGUGUUAAGUCCAGGUGUUUGUUGUGUUCAGGCUAGAAAAGGAAGCGUCCCCAGAGUCCUCUGCUGCUUGUCAUAGUCCUUCAGGCGGGGCUGGACCACAAGCCCGAGGUGCCACUCUGAGUUCCAGUGACCACCAUGGCGGUGGCCACGCCACUCAUGCAGGCUGUGCCCGGAAGGCCCGUUGCAGCCUCACCCAGGAAGCGUGAACCCCGUAGGUGCCAGUCCGCCUCUGCCGCCAGCGCUGGCUGAAGGCAAAGCAGAGCAGGAUGGACGCCACAAACAGGAACAGCAGUACCGACACAGCUGCAAUGAUGACGGGCAUCUGGCUGUCCUGCAUGGGCUCUGGGGAGGGAAGAGGCAGUGGUCCUAGACGUCCUGUGGUGCCAGGGCCCAAGGGGAGGGGAGGCCCACCCAUCCCCACCCACUCGUCCAUCCUGCAGGCACCUUGGGUUGCAGAGAUGAGUGGCAAAUGGAGUCUGCCCCAAAAGUGUUAUCUGGGAGAAAGCCAGACCUCUGUGAGACUGGAGGGCAGAUAUCCCCCUGCCAGUAGCCCCUGGAACCAGCACGUGGUUGCUGGACACCAUGGCCUGGAGGGUGGCACGAUCCAGGCUGAGCCCCUCCUCGGGCAGAGCUGAGUGAGCUUCACGCCAAGCUCCCUGAAGGCAGGGAAUGCCUUGGCCACCCAGAGUCACUGAACAGCAGAGUUCUGGGGACCUUAGGGGUCAGUCAGGACAGCCUUCUCAUUGUAGGGAAGAGCUAAGGCCAGAGAGAGCAGGUGGACUCUGUCAAGGUCAUGAAGCUUGCUAAGGGCCAAGCGACUAGUUGAGCUCUCCUGACCUCGGAAACAGCCGAGGUCCAAGCUGGGGACUUGGCCAGAGCUUCAGGGCAGGGAGGGUAAGAGGGAGGCCUGGAAGAAGUGUGGGUCCUGGGCGUUUGCAUCCCAAGCCAGCAAGAGUGGGCUCCGGAGUGUUCCUCCCCCAAGGGGCUGAAAGUGAGGGCCCUCUCUCUCCCCCGUGUCACUGGGGCCCUCCUCACCGUAGACCUUGAGCAUCUGGGGAUCUGAGAUGCUGCUAAAGACGCUGCCACCGCGAGACUCCAGGUCCAGCUUAGCCAGGCAGGAGAAGUUGUAGUGUUUGUCCUCCCUGUGGGCUGUGCUGUUGAAUGUGGCUAUGGCCUCCUGGGGAGCAGGAUUUUCCCUCCCAAAGGUCUGGGUGUGCAAGGUCUCAUUGCCACGGAGCAGGGAGAGGGUGAGGCUCUCAAGCGGCUCCACGGCAGGCACCGUGCACUCCAUGGUGAAGGGCUUGCCCACGGCCACCCAGCUGGGCUGCAGCUUCAGCGUGACCUGCUUUGGAGGCUCUGCAGGGGACAAAGGAGGGAGGUCUGGUCAGGAUGGGGGUGCAUGCAGUCCCCGCAGGCCCCACCUGGCGAGGGCCAUCUCCUAUCACUGCGGUGUUCCAGGUCCCUGGCUGGACUUGUUGGGGAGGCAGUGGCCUGGGGCCGGGGCUCUUGUGUGUAAGGGGAGGAGGAAGGGAGCAGUUCAGGGUGAAGGGCGGGCUGCGUGGUACUUUCACAGAUGUCAUGGUUUCAAGAAUGGACAGGACGGGGGUUGUCAAGGGUUUACAAAGAGCAGGUCCGGAAAUUGUACAGCCACCUGGAAAGAUAUAAAAGUUUGGGUCUGUCUCCCUCUCCUCCAGAAAUUAAAUACAAAUUUCAAAAAUUAAACAAUUGGAUAAUUAUCUUGA